GUUCUAAACAGAAGAACACCAAGUGUGGUGUAUGUGCGCAUUGAUCUGCCUGUGCUCUUCCACAACAUGGUCAAUAAAGUAAGUCACUUUCCACUAAAAGGGUAGUUAAGUUAUCAGAGAGAACAUAACAUUGUAGAAUGACCCAAUAAAACAUCUUGUUUUGAGUCCUCGUUGGCGUGUUUAGUGUAAAGACUGCAAUCACCGCACGGGAGCGCUCGGGAGCGGAUUUCACUCCAUUUGUUUUCCGCGUAGAAGAAGAAGCUCUAGUCGCUGCUGGCUCGGCGCGGUUCGGAGACAUUUGUGGCGUGCUCUGUGUUUUUGGCGGCAGUAAACUGAGCCAGAUCCGCGAGGUUCUGCUUAAAUCGCUCCGUUCUGUCUCUGCGGAGCGUUUUGAGCCGCGCAGGCGCAAUCUGUGUUACUUUCCGGACUGUUGUGGGAGCUUCCCGGGCCUCUCGCGCCAGGCAGCAUGAGUUACGGCAGGCCUCCGCCGGACGUCGACGGCAUGACUUCCCUCAAAGUGGACAAUCUAACGUACCGGACCUCUCCCGAAGCCCUCCGCCGGGUGUUUGAGAAGUACGGCCGGGUAGGGGACGUCUACAUCCCGCGAGACCGCUACACCAAGGAAAGCCGGGGCUUCGCGUUUGUUCGGUUCCACGACAAACGGGACGCCGAGGACGCCAUGGACGCCAUGGACGGCGCGCUGCUGGACGGGCGGGAGCUGCGGGUCCAGAUGGCCCGGUACGGCAGACCCCCCGACUCCCAUUACGGCGGAGGACGGCGAGGAGGAGGACCGAGCCGGAGGUACAGCGGACGGCGGAGCAGAAGCUGUUCCCCCAGCCCGAGACGCAGGAGACGGAGCAGAUCCCGCAGCAGGAGCCGCACGCCUUCUCGAAGCCGGUCCCGCUACAGCAGAUCCAGGUCCCGGUCCUACUCCAGGUCCAAGUCCCGCUCUCCCAGGACCAAGAAGACCAAGGCACGCUCUCCUUCCAGGUCUAGGUCCCGGUCCAGAUCCAGAUCCAGGUCCAGGUCCAGAAGCCGCACCCCUUCCUCCAAGAGAGUGUCCAGGUCGAGAUCUAAAAGCCAGCCAAAGUCAGCAGCAGAAAAUGGAAAUGAAACCUCGUAGAGUUUCGAUUAAAGACGUGUGACCUCCCGGACCGGCUUCCACGCAAGCACCAGAGUCCAGCCGUGAAAGGUUAUUUUGUCUUCCGUGCUUUGGUUCAUUUCCUUUUUUUUGCUGAUUUAUUGUGAUUUUGUUUCCUUUUCAUGUCCCGAUUACAGUUUAAAUGGUGUGUUCAGACCUGGAUUUAAAAAUGAAAGCUCAUAAGAUAAAAUGUUCCACUCCUUUCAUAUUAUCAUCUCCUCUCUGGCCUGUAUCACAAAGCCACAUCUGGUGUCAUAACUGCAAUACAGUCACAUGUGUGAACUGAUGAAUUGUGUACUAUUAUUGCUGAGAAAACUCUGUGUUAAAGGCCUGAUGGGUGAAUCGCCUCAGUUUCUAAUAUUACUAAACCUUCUACAAUAAAACAUCUGAUGUUAUUAGUUGAAUUUGGACACAAAAGUCUGUCCUUUGUGUCCAAACUGUCCUUUAUGAUAACAGAAAACCAAAUUUAAGCUUGAAAUUAGCUGUAAUCUCCCUUUGUGAUACAGACCCACAAAAUAAUGCUUAAAGGAUAAUUUAUGUGUAGAUCUUCUUGGGGGUGGGGCUACGUAAAAGUGUUUAUACCUGAGCAGAGAAACACUGAGCUCCCUGCAGGCCCAGAUUCAAACCCAGAGCUGCUGUCAGAGCCACCACAGUCCAGUGAUCGCUCUUUAAAUUAGCAUCUGAAUUCACUGUUAAAACACCAAAGACUCACAAAACUAAACAGGUUAAAGUGUCCUGUGAGUUAAAAUUCCAGUUUUUGUGAACUGAGUCUGGUGUAGUGUGGAAAGACGGCGUCCAUUUCCACGACGAGCGCAGCGUGUUUGGUUCGGCAGUUUCACUUCCUGAUGCAAUUCCAGAGAUGGCUGUGUUCACAGCUGUAUGUGGACUUAGUCUGCGUGGGGGUGUGGCCUGCUGUCAUACGCAGCAGGUGACACCUCAGAUGAGUUCACCUUAAAGAAAUGCAGUGAUUUAAAUCAGCAGAAAGAAAACAGUGAAGUCAUUUACUGCGUUUCCUGGAAGCUGCAGCAGCUCCUGAGUGACACACAAACUACUUUUUUUUAAAUUACUUAAUGUUUUCUUUAUUUUAACCUUUGUGUACAGCGCUUUGUGACUGCCUGUCUGCGAAAAGCGCUUAAUAAAUAAACCUUACCUUACUUAUCAACAAAAUCAACAUUUAUAUUGAUUAGACGGCUUUAAUGAAAAUACGAGUCACACACAAGUCAUUUUAAAUGUUCGAAAGGAAAGAACGGAUCGGGAGCUUCUUCAGAAGCUGCAGGGAAGCUCAGGCCGUCCAGCGCUGCUCCUUAAUUCCCCAAAUCUCUGAAAAAGUGACGGAAAUCAGCCUGAACCGAACCAGAAUUAUACUUUAAGCAUCCAUUUGUUUUCUGUCACACCUCCACCUGCUUUUCUUGUCUGAUAAAGUGAUAUGAAACACUUUUAACCUGUAGAACUGUAGCUUUUUAUUUUCAGUGUGUUUAUUUAGCUUUUUAAUUGAAUUUGCCCAUUUAAAAAAACACAAUCUUUACAUUUGUGCAGCUCAGUGUUUGUUAGGCAGGUUAUUCCAACCUUUUCAGGACAGACACACACUGACUCCUUUGUUCUUUUUUUUUUAAUGCUAACCCUGCUCGUGUGUUUCUUUGUGCACUAGGCGCAGUUGUGUAGCAGUUGAGUUUUGCUGGUUAGCUGUUAAGGUGGCGUGUUGCGCCAACGUGUCCGUGUUCUCCUGAUUGGUCCUGUGACCGCGGCGCUAACGACUGCUUCAGUCUCGGCUUCUGUACAAAGACACGGUUUUUCUCUUGUACACAAAUGUGACUUUCAAUAAAGAUUUGAUGUUUUGUGUAUAAA